GGUUGGCGCUCGGCGCCGCGGUUCGGUGGCUCACUGAGAGAGCGCCUCACAGGGAGUCGGCGCCUAAGCGACGCGGGAAGGCGCCACUGCCAACGCCACCGCCGCCGCUGCUGGCCAAGGUGCUGGACACGACAGGCCGGCGGCCACCUCGUCAGUUCAGGCUCCAGUUGCAGCCGCCUCUGCUUCGCUCCCAGCCAGGUCCCCAUGGAAGAGAUGGAAGAAGAGUUAAAAUGCCCCGUGUGCGGCUCCUUCUAUCGGGAGCCCAUCAUCCUGCCCUGCUCUCACAAUAUAUGUCAGGCGUGCGCCCGCAACAUCCUGGUGCAGACCCCGGAGUCGGAGUCCCCCCAGAGCCGACGGGCCUCGGGCUCCGGGGUCUCCGACUAUGAUUAUCUGGACCUUGACAAGAUGAGCCUGUACAGCGAGGCGGACAGCGGCUAUGGCUCCUACGGGGGGUUCGCCAGCGCCCCCACUACCCCGUGCCAGAAGUCCCCCAACGGCGUCCGUGUGUUCCCCCCGGCUAUGCCGCCACCGGCCACCCACCUGUCACCGGCCUUGGCCCCGGUGCCCCGCAACUCCUGUAUCACCUGCCCCCAGUGCCACCGCAGCCUCAUCCUGGAUGACCGGGGUCUCCGCGGCUUCCCCAAGAACCGCGUCCUGGAAGGGGUAAUUGACCGCUACCAGCAGAGCAAAGCGGCGGCCCUUAAGUGCCAGCUUUGCGAGAAGGCACCCAAGGAGGCCACCGUCAUGUGCGAACAGUGCGAUGUCUUCUACUGUGAUCCGUGCCGCCUGCGCUGCCACCCGCCCCGGGGGCCCCUAGCCAAGCACCGCCUGGUGCCCCCGGCCCAGGGCCGCGUGAGCCGGCGGCUGAGCCCAAGAAAGGUCUCCACCUGCACAGACCACGAGCUGGAGAACCACAGCAUGUACUGCGUGCAGUGCAAGAUGCCCGUGUGCUACCAGUGCUUGGAGGAGGGCAAACACUCCAGCCACGAAGUCAAGGCUCUAGGAGCCAUGUGGAAACUGCACAAGAGCCAGCUCUCCCAGGCGCUGAACGGGCUGUCGGACAGGGCCAAGGAAGCCAAGGAGUUCCUGGUGCAGCUGCGCAACAUGGUCCAGCAGAUCCAGGAGAACAGCGUGGAGUUUGAGGCCUGCCUGGUAGCUCAGUGUGAUGCCCUCAUCGACGCCCUCAACAGGAGGAAAGCCCAGCUGCUUGCCCGUGUCAACAAGGAGCACGAGCACAAGCUAAAGGUGGUUCGAGAUCAGAUCUCUCACUGCACAGUGAAAUUGCGCCAGACCACGGGUCUCAUGGAGUACUGCCUGGAGGUGAUUAAGGAAAAUGAUCCUAGUGGCUUUUUGCAGAUUUCUGACGCCCUCAUAAGGAGAGUGCACCUGACUGAGGAUCAGUGGGGGAAAGGCACGCUCACUCCCAGGAUGACCACGGACUUCGACUUGAGUCUGGACAACAGCCCUCUGCUGCAGUCUAUCCACCAGCUCGACUUUGUGCAGAUGAAAACUUCCUCUCCAGUCCCAGCGACCCCCAUCCUACAGCUGGAGGAGUGCUGCACCCACAACAACAGCGCUACGCUGUCUUGGAAACAGCCGCCCCUGUCCACGGUGCCCGCCGACGGAUACAUUCUGGAGCUGGAUGACGGCAAUGGUGGUCAGUUCCGGGAAGUGUAUGUUGGAAAGGAGACCAUGUGCACCGUGGAUGGUCUUCACUUCAACAGCACAUACAAUGCUCGCAUCAAGGCCUUCAACAAAACAGGAGUCAGCCAGUACAGCAAGACCCUGGUCCUCCAGACGUCCGAGGACACAGAUUCAGAAGAACAGACAGUCCCUUUUCCAGUGCCUUCGGAAAGAUUGCCGCUCCGUAGAAUGAGUCCUUUCUCCUCCACCCUUAAUCUACAGCCCAGCUUCCCCAGGAGAUCCUACUUUGAUUUCCGGCCCUCACCCCAUCAGCUGAGCUUGCAUUCCUCUUUACAGUCUCUCAAUGCACCGGGAUGCAAUUUUGAGACACAAUCUGCACCUUACUCUCAAUUAGUUGAUAUUAAAAAGCUGUUGGCAGUGGCCUGGUUUGCUUUUGACCCUGGCUCGGCGCACUCUGACAUCAUCUUCUCCAAUGACAACCUGACUGUGACCUGCAGUAGCUACGAUGACCGGGUGGUGCUGGGGAAGACUGGCUUCUCCAAAGGCGUCCACUACUGGGAGCUCACGGUGGAUCGCUAUGACAACCACCCAGACCCUGCCUUUGGCGUGGCUCGCAUCGACGUGAUGAAGGAUGUGAUGUUAGGAAAGGACGACAAAGCCUGGGCAAUGUAUGUGGAUAAUAACCGGAGCUGGUUCAUGCACAACAACUCGCACACCAACAGAACUGAGGGAGGGAUCACAAAGGGGGCCACGAUCGGGAUCCUCCUAGACUUAAACAGAAAAACCUUGACAUUUUUUAUCAACGACGAGCAGCAAGGUCCCAUCGCGUUUGAGAACGUGGAAGGGCUGUUCUUCCCGGCAGUCAGCCUGAACAGGAACGUGCAGGUCACGCUUCACACGGGGCUCCCAGUCCCCGACUGCUACUCGAGCAGAGCGUCAAUAGCCUAAAGAUGUGCUGUGGAGGCGCCAGCUGCCUGUUCUCACCUCCGCCUGAGCGCAACAGCAAGGAGCUCAGCCAGAGCUGGAGGGAAACGGAGGAGGAGAGAGAUGCUGGUCCUCACACCCCGCAGCCCCCCUUUCCCUCCAGCCUCUCUACUGCUGUAAAGCCUGCUUUCUCUUCCAUGUUCAGCAAUUCUAACCAACGGAAGACCUAGACAGCCCACCAUGUCACUUUGUUUCCACAGCCAGAUUUUGCUUUUAUUUACAUUAUUUUUUUUUAAUGUAGGUGAGUUAUCUUUUCUUUCUCCUUUGAUCAUGUCAUUGGUGACUUACUGAACUGGCACUGCCAAGAGAAAAUUCUCCUGAUAACUUUUUUCUUAAACUUUCUGUCAAAGAGGUAGGUAGUAGGGAGAGGUAAGGAAGAAUGAGCUGAAUUUGGAGCUGGCCGUUUAGAAUGUUCUUGAAUGUUCUUGUCCUGUGACCUCUCAUGCAGCGUUAGCUCUGCAAAGCUAGUCUUUUCAGCAAUGAAAAGUUUUACUAUCCACUGAAGCACAAAAAUAUCAGCAACACGACUACACAAAGACAGAUGGGUAGGCUCACAGGACAGCUAGGUCAUUAGGACAGGCCAGAAAAUCUGGUCACUGAAUGAAAUUGGAAGGUCUCUAAAUAUAGGCAGGGCAGGGGACUUCAUGAUUUGGUUCAUUUAUUUACAAGUUUUUAAUUGAGAACCGAUUCUGGACCAGGCACUGUUCUAGACAAUGGAGACAGAGUGGUGAAUACACAGGUGUGGUCUCUGCCCUCCUGGAGCUUAUAUUGUCCUAGGAGAACAAAUCAAAAAUAAAAUUAUUACAAAUUGUUAUUAGUAUUAGGAAGGAAAUAAACAAGGGCCAAAGAGGCUCAUUGGUAAGAUCUUUCAGAUCCCCUAGAAUGAUGCUAAAAAUCCAUAUAUUCUGGCCAUAGCACCAGAAACACACCAACUCAAUGCCUUUUCAACUGUGCUAUUUUAAUUAUGGUACCUGCUGCCAUUCACCACAGAGUCCUUCUUUGGUAGAAAUGAUGUCAGCAUUCUUAUUUGUUAAUGCUGCAAUGAUACUAAGCCUUAAAAAUAAAUGUGAAAAAAAGUUAAUGACCAGAAGGAGGAGGACUCAUUGUCCGUAAUGGAGGAUCUUAAGUUGCAGUUCACAGCAUUCACAUUCUCAGGAUUAAUGCGCUUGUCUCCGUGUAGACUCACUAUCUGUGCCUGUUACAAAAGAACAAUCCAUCCUCUCUGCUGCCAUUCACAUCCCAACUUUCUGGAAUUGUUCAAAUAAUGUUUGGGAGGAAAUGAAAUUGUAGGUCAUUGCUAUGAUGGAUAGCAGAAUAAUAAGCUUAUUACUUCCGUGUAGAGAUAGACUUAUAUAAGCUACCCUUCAGAUCCUUUUGUUUGACAUGAAGUUUUAGAAAAUGUAGCACCUAGAAAGAGGUUCUGGUUAGUUGUCUAAAUAUUUGCCAGGGAGCCAAGAAAUUCACCAUGAAAAAAAAAACAAGAAUAACAAAAGGGAAGAGGUAGGAUGGGAAAGCUAACAAAUUAAAGUUUGGGCAAAAAGUAAUAUAUGUAAAUAGCUAAUAAUUUACUUUUGGGCUUACUUUAUUUAGAUUAUUUCUAUCAGCUGUGGUGUUUUUCUAGUUAAGUGUCCCUGAUUUAUUGAAUAGGUGCUAUCCUGUUUGUGUCCACCUUGGUUUUUCUUGGCUACAGAAACAUUCUGUUGCAGGCCAACACUAAUUUGAUAUAUGAUUUAUGCUCCAAUGAGACUCGAUGGCUGGGCCGCGGUAGACUCAUAGUUACUCUUGUUCCUUAUUAAAUUCAUCCUGCUAAUCAGAUUUCUAGUGACCGGUAACACGUAGUUUACACAGAAUUGCAGUUAUAGAUGCAUACAGACACUGUACUAGAACAGAUGGAUAUUUCUGGUGUGCCAAUAAAUGGUUUUUAUGAGAGGCCAUCCUAUGUCUCUUUAGAAUUUCUUAGUUUUUGCCUUUUGGGGACGACAAUUCGCCUUUGUCAGAGCAAAGUGUCAUUGGAAGGUCCCGCAGAGCUCGGGAAAACACCUGCACUUCAUUCCAUCUCCUCAGGAGCCUUGCACUGUCGCCUAGUGGUGCUGACCUCCUGAAUCUUAACUUAGUAUGAAACAUUAACAGCGAGAUGCUGUUGAGGGUUUGCCUCCAAACACUGGGGACUUACCUUAACAAACCUGCUCCUAGAAGCUCCACAAACUUGUACUGCAAGAUACAGUGUCACUGACUUUUUCUAACCUGGUUCCUUCACCACUUCUUGGAGUGGCUAAGCAAUACGAUUGUUUUUAAAUAAUUAGAACAACUAGCCUUUUCAAAUGAACAGCCUUGGUUUUAUAUUAAAAGGAAAACAUGAUCUAAAAGCAUAUCGAAAGCACGAGUUAAAUCCAUUUCACCUGCCUU